AUGCAAAAAUACACCGUUCCAGAAGCCUUCAAAGCCCGCAAAACGCUCGUCACCGCAUUUAGCACACACCACGCCAGAGGAGGGAAAUACGAUAUGUCAGACAUUGUUCGCCAACGCUGUAAGGUUGCUCGCAGAGAUGGCUGCUCUGGCGACUACCUGGGCCGGUCCGAAGUUGAGUUACUCAAUGGUCUGCUGAGCAACAUGGUUCCGACACUAUUCUGGAUGCUGGUUAAUAUCAUACUAGACCCUGGAUUGGCCGAGCGAGUGAGCCAGGAAGUCGAGAAUAUCGAGAAUGUCGUUCAAAAACCAGAUCUAGCUACGUUGAGCCUUGCCCCAGGCGACAUUCGCAAAGAGUGUCCGGUCCUCGUCGCGACUUAG